CACCCGUCUUCCCUCCUGCCCGCUGUGCCCAAGACUGCAGAUUGUUCACUUCCAAAUUUGGCAGAUUUCACUUGGGAGUGGAAGGACUAGCAGCUCUUUCUGGAGCAGAUCGGGAGUGGGCUGGGAGGGAGGAGCAGGGCCAGUCAGGGGUGGACCCAGAGCCCCCUGGGGACACCAGCCUGCUCUCUUCUCCUCCCCAUCCUUUUCCUUUCUUCCCUUCUCCAGCCUCUUCCCCUUCUCUUCCCUCCUCUCCAGCAGCUGCCUUCCUCUGCUCAGCUGCUCCCUGCCUGGGAGCCUCGGGGCCUCCAUGGCUGAACCCGCCUCCACCAACCCAGCGCACGCCCACUUUGAGAGCUUCCUGCAGGCCCAGCUGUGCCAGGAUGUGCUGAGCAGCUUCCAGGGCCUAUGUGAGGCCCUGGGGCUAGAGCCCGGUGGGGGGCUGCCCCAGUACCACAAGAUCAAGGCCCAGCUCAACUACUGGAGCGCCAAGUCGCUGUGGGCCAAGCUGGACAAGCGAGCAGGCCAGCCAGUCUACCAGCAGGGCCGGGCUUGCCCCAACACCAAGUGUCUGGUGGUGGGUGCCGGACCUUGUGGGCUGCGGGCUGCUGUGGAGCUGGCUCUGCUGGGGGCCCGUGUGGUGCUGGUGGAGAAGCGCACCAAGUUCUCCCGCCACAACGUGCUGCACCUCUGGCCCUUCACCAUUCACGAUCUUAGGGCCCUCGGCGCCAAGAAGUUCUACGGGCGCUUCUGCACAGGCACCCUGGACCACAUCAGCAUCCGGCAGCUUCAGUUGCUUUUGUUGAAAGUGGUAUUACUGCUCGGGGUGGAAAUUCACUGGGGCGUCACUUUCACCGGCCUCCAGCCCCCUCCCAAAAAGGGGAGUGGCUGGCGUGCCCAGCUCCAGCCCAGCGCCCCAGCCCAACUGGCCAACUAUGAAUUUGAUGUUCUCAUCUCCGCUGCUGGAGGUAAAUUCGUCCCUGAAGGCUUCACGGUGCGAGAAAUGCGUGGCAAACUAGCCAUUGGCAUCACGGUCAACUUCGUGAAUGGACGCACAGUGGAAGAGACACAGGUGCCUGAGAUCAGCGGAGUGGCCAGGAUCUACAACCAGAGCUUCUUCCAGAGUCUGCUCAAAGCCACAGGCAUCGAUCUGGAGAACAUCGUGUACUACAAGGAUGACACCCACUACUUUGUGAUGACAGCCAAGAAGCAGUGCCUGCUGCGCCUGGGGGUGCUGCGUCAGGACUGGCCGGAGAUCGACCGGCUGUUGGGCAGUGCCAAUGUGGUGCCCGAGGCUCUGCAGCGCUUCGUCCGGGCCGCGGCGGACUUCGCCACCCAUGGGAAGCUUGGGAAGCUGGAGUUUGCCCGGGAUGCCCACGGGCGGCCUGACAUUUCCGCCUUUGACUUCACAAGCAUGAUGCGGGCAGAGAGCGCUGCUCGAGUGCAGGAGAAGCACGGCGCCCGCCUGCUGCUGGGGCUGGUGGGGGACUGCCUGGUGGAGCCCUUCUGGCCCCUGGGCACAGGGGUGGCUCGGGGCUUCUUGGCAGCCUUUGAUGCCGCCUGGAUGGUGAAGCGGUGGGCAGAGGGGGCUGGGCCCCUAGAAGUGUUGGCAGAGCGGGAGAGCCUGUACCAGCUCCUCUCACAGACCUCCCCGGAAAACAUGCACCGCAAUGUGGCCCAGUAUGGGCUGGACCCAGCCACCCGCUACCCCACCCUGAACCUCCGGGCUGUGACUCCCAAUCAGGUACGAGACCUGUAUGACGUGGUGGCCAAGGAGCCUGUGAGGAGGAACAGUGACAAGACGGAUGCAGGAAAGCUGGCCGCAGGGUCAGCAGGCACCCAGGAGGAAUUGCUACGCUGGUGCCAGGAGCAGACGGUGGGGUACCCAGGUGUCCACGUCACCGACCUGUCCUCCUCCUGGGCUGACGGGCGGGCUCUGUGCGCCCUGGUGCACCGGCUGCGGCCCCGCCUGCUGGAACCCUCAGACCUGCAAGGGCUGGGGGCCCUGGAAGCGACUGCUUGGGCGCUAAAGAUGGCGGAGCAUGAGCUGGGCAUCACGCCUGUGGUGUCCGCAAAGGCAGUGGUGGCAGGGAGUGACCCACUGGGCCUCAUUGCAUACCUCAGCCACUUCCACAGCACCUUCAAGAACGUGCCCCACAACCCAGGCCCUGCCAGCCAAGGCUUUCCGGGGAGCUCCAGUGCUGUGCUGUUCCUGGGCAAACUGCAGAGGACCCUGCAACGGACCCGGGCCCAGGAAAAUGGGGAGGAUACUGGUGGCAAGAAGCCACGCCUGGAGGUAGAAGCGAAGAGCCCAAGUACUGAGGAGCCACCUGCCCCAGAGUCUGGUGUACCCCCGACACCCCCAUCCCAACCCCAGGAGGCCGGUGCCGGGGACCUAUGUGCCCUCUGUGGGGAACAGCUCUAUAUCCUGGAACGCCUCUGUGCUGAUGGCCGCUUCUUUCAUCGGAACUGCUUCCGCUGCCGCACCUGUGAGGCCACGCUGCGGCCGGGUGACUAUGGGCAGCACCCAGGAGAUGGAUAUUUCUACUGCUUCCAGCACCUGCCCCAGCCAGGCCACAAGGAGGAUGGCCCUGACCCAGGCCCCAAGAGUCAGGACCUCCCCACACCGGAUGAAAAUAGCAUGCCAUCGGGGCCCUCAACUGUCAUCCCCCAGGAGGGGACCAGUCCUGUCCCAAACCCCAGGCAGCCCACCCGUCGGCUGAUCCGCCUCUCCAGCCCAGAACGCCAACGGUUGUCCUCCCUUAAGCUUACCCCUGACCCAGACCUGGAACCUCCCCCCAAGCCUCCCCGUAGCUGCUCUGCCUUGGCCCGCCAGGCCCUGGAGGGCAGCUUUGUAGGUUGGGGAAUACCAGUCCGGAGCCCUCAAGUUGUUGUGGCCAUGAAGGAGGAGCAGGAACAGAGUCCUCCCUCCAGUGAGGAGGAGGAGGAGGAGGAGGCAGAGGAAACCAUGGCUUUGGAUUCAGACACGCAAGAGGCUCUGCUGACCUUCGCCAAGAACUCAGGCACCAUGAGCAAGUACCCAACAUGGCGUCGGACUUUGCUGCGCCAUGCCAGGGAGGAGGAGAUGAAGCGGUUCUGCAAGGCCCAGGCUGUCCAGCGGCGACUACAUGAGAUUGAGACUGCUGUGGGGGAGCUGGAGGCCGAGGGCACGAAGGUGGAGCUGGCCUUGAGAAGCCAGAGCACAUCCCCAGAACAGCAAAAGGCACAGUGGCUGGAACAGCUGCUACAGCUCGUUCAGAAGAAGAACAGCCUGCUGGCGGAGGAGGCCGAGCUCAUGCUCACGGUGAAACUGCUGAGCCUGGAGGAGCAGCAGUGUGAGGUGGACCAGGAGCUCCGAGGCUACCUGAACCAGGAAGAAACCGUGAAGACCCCCACUGAUCGCCAGGCUGAGGAACAGCUCCUGAAGAAGCUGCUGGAUGUGGUGAAGCAGCGAGAUGAAAUUAUCCGCUUCCAGGAGGAACGCAGGCUCAGUGAGCUGGCCUCAAGGCCGGGGGCCCAGGGCUAAAAGGCGGGCUGCCUGCCCUCGUCCCUACACAGAAGACCACCUCAACCCAGGACUGUGCCACCCUGUUCAUCUGGGCUGCCUGGGAUGGGGCCUCACUGUUUACAAUAAAAAUGUUUCUGCCAGA